UUGGCAACACACAGCAUGUAUCCAAGUGAAACACGUUCAGUGAGUCAGGAGGUUUUGAUGGGACACUCGGAUCAAUCCAGCCCCACACCACCAGCUGAAGUCACCUGCGGGCCCAAAACAGAAGUAAAGGCUCGGGGAUUUACUUUUCAGCACACAGAGUGUAUUCAUCAUAUGAGUUCAGAUGGGACAAACAUCAGGUGCAUGAAGACUCGAGCGGAGAACAUGUAACAAAGGAGGACAGGAGCUGGAUGAUGGAUUGUAACAUCCCGAGCUUUCUCUAGGCUCUUCAGUUUGGAUCAGAACUCUUUGUGGAUCUUCUGUCUAGUUCAAGAUGAGUUGUUUCUGUUCAGUCCAAGAGGAGUUUUACUGUGAGGUUCUGCUCCUGGAUGAGUCCAAGCUGAUUUUAACCACCCAGCAGCAGGGAAUAAAGAAAUCAACCAAAGGCUCUGUAGUGCUGGAUUAUGUGUUCAGUCACGUGAACCUUGCCGAAUCAGAGUAUUUUGGGCUUCGCUAUUGCGACCGCAGUCAUCAAACGGUCUGUUGUCUCAGCGGUUAUGACAGAACCAAUCAGUGCUUCCACGAAUGCGCUUCUACUGGACCUCCGUUCACGCUCUACUUUGGGGUGAAAUUUUAUGCUGAAGAUCCUUGUAAACUAAAAGAAGAAAUUACACGGUAUGAGUUCUUCCUGCAGGUAAAGCAGGACGUCCUGCAGGGGAGGCUUCCCUGUCCGUUUAACAUCAGCACACAGCUGGGAGCGCUUGCUAUUCAAUCUGAGCUCGGAGAUUACGACCCGUACAAACACACGCCAGGUUACGUGUCUGAAUAUCGCUUUGUCCCCGACCAGAAAGAGGAGCUAGAGGACAGCAUCGAACAGAUUCAUAAAACGCUCAUGGGUCAGGUGCCUGCCGAGGCUGAAAAUAAUUACUUAGCAAUUGCCAAAACACUGGAGAUGUACGGCGUGGAUCUGCACCCUGUGUUUGGAGAAAAGCAGUCGGAGUAUUUCCUGGGCCUGACGCCUGUCGGGGUCGUGGUUUACAAAAACAAAACACAAGUGGGGAAAUAUUUCUGGCCAAGAAUUACGAAAGUGUAUUUCAAGGAAACCCAGUUUGAGCUGCGGGUUAUGGGCAGAGAUUGCAAUGAGACGUCGUUCUUCUUCGACGCUCCCAGUAAGACAGCCUGCAAGAACCUGUGGAAGUGCUGCGUGGAGCAUCACACCUUCUUCAGAAUGCCAGAGAACGAGUCUAAUUCACUAACAAGGAAACUGUCCAAAUUCAGCUCUCUGGGCUCGAAGCAUCGCUACAGUGGAAAGACUGCGAUGCAGAUCGGACGAGAGCAGUCUGUGACACUGCCGCGACCCGACCUACAGGUGAUCCGAACCCGCAGCAAGACCUACCCGAAGAGAAGCACACAGCCCGCAGGUGAGCCGCAUCUCACGCCCGGUUCACACCCGAUGAGGUGUUUCUUGAGACAAACAACCACACAGAACACUCCAGGCCAAGGCGGUCUGUACAACUCGGCCAGCGAGCGGAACAAAUCUCCCAAAUUCCCCAAAGCUCACAGACGUUCACCCUCAGGAGGCAGCGAGAACGAGACGUCUCACUCGGCCCGCCGCAGAAAAGGUCAAACCACUGACGACCCACAGGCCAACAAACAAUACAGGAGGAGGUCACGUUCCCGUGGAAACACCAGCAGCGGCAGCGAAUCCGAGAAUUCCAACAGGGAACAUCGUAAAAAAAGAAACCGGUCCCGGCAGGAGAACGAGAUGGUUGACUCUGGUCCGCAGUGGGAGGUUGUGCUACGCAGACAGAAGGAAAAAAACCCCAGCGAUCCCAACCAUCGGCGCUCGCGACACCGCUCACGAUCACGAAGUCCAGACGUCCAAGCUAAAGAGCAGCUCUGGAAGCACAUCCAGAAGGAGCUGAUCGAACCUUCAGGUCUCUCUGAGGAGCAACUAAAGGAGAUUCCGUACAAGAAAGUGGAAACACAAGGUGACCCGAUCAAGAUCCGCCAUUCACAUUCUCCCAGGAGCUUCCGGCAGUUUCGACGCUCCCACUGUUCGGAUGGCGAACGGUCUGUGCUCUCUGAGGUCAACUCUCGGACCGAUCUGGUGCCUCCUCUCCCGGUUACCCGCACCGCAGACGUGCCUGGUUCCAGCUCGACCCCUGCACAGAAGAAAAAAGGCUCCAAAGACACUCUCUCAGAGAGCUCCGAGCAGGACGCAAAAAGCACCGCCAAGGUGGUGAAGACCGUACACACAUCUCGAGUGAAAACAGAGACGUGACCGUUUUCACAGUCGACGUGUCAAGGACGAACAGCAGGUUUGCCAGUGAAAUGAAAAGUCAGGUGGAGCCUGUAUGAAAACACUGAAGUUAUGCAGAUAAAAA